UGCAGCAGCCAUUUUGUCUGUUCGUUGCAUGUCCGCCCCAACACGGUCUCGAACAGCAGUUCCCACUUGAAAAAUAUUUUAAUACACCGCUGUCUAUAUUUUAUUUGGACUCAGAGACAGGUUUAGGAAACUCCGUUUUGAAUUUUAGGAGGAGAAGCGCUCGCUGUUUCCGGGUUUUAUGAGGGUUUCUUUAUGUCGUGUGUGAGUGCCGCCAGUCGUGUGUUAUGUCGAGCGAGGAGAGCUACCUGGCCAUCCAGCGCUAUUUAACGGACGAGCGCGAGCCCUACGCUCCCGGCACUCACGGAAACGUCAAGAGGAAAAUACGCAAGGCGGCCGCCUGCUAUGUCGUGCGGGACGGAGUGCUGCUCUACCAGCGGCGGCACCGCGGCCAGGAAGGCUUCACCGAGCUGGAAGUGGUGCUGCAGGCCGAGCGGCGGAAGGAGCUAAUCUACGAGGCGCACACCUCCGGAGGGGAGCAUCUCAAUCCGCAGCUCACCUGGGACAGCCUUUCACGGAAAUACUGGUGGAGAGGCAUCCUAAAGCAGGUAAAGGAUUGCAUCAGGGACUGUGGCUGCCAGCAGAAGCCGGAGCGUGGAAAAAGCAGUGCUGAGGAUGGAUCAGGUCCCCGUGGUCGAAGUAAACGAAAGGAGGUGGAGGAUGAAGAAGAGGAAGAUGGUCUUGAGGAACUGCAUGCCGCAAUUCAGAUAAAGUCAAAGGCUGCAAGCGUUGACAAGCAUGAACUUGUUUUUGUUGACAGUAAGGGGAUUGUAAAGCAGGUCCUACCCAAACAUGGCCAGACCUUGUUGGAUAAGCUGAAUCAUCAGCGUUUAAAUAACCAGUUCUGCGACAUUACCUUGCUCAUUGAGGCUGAAGAGUAUCGUGCACACAAGGCUGUCUUGGCCUCCUGUAGUGAAUACUUCUAUGAGCUUUUUAUUGAAAAGGGUGCCGUGGCCAGCCAUGAAGCUGUCGUGGACCUCUCUGGCUUUAGCAAGGCAAGCUUCCUGCCUUUGUUGGAGUUCGCCUACACCUCAGAGCUGACGUUCAACUUCUGCGUUAUGGCAGAGGUGGCCAUGCUGGCACGGCAUCUCAUCAUGCCUGAGGUGCUUCAGAUUUGUGAAUUGGUGCACAAAAAAGUGGAGGAGCAGAAGCUAUUGGUUUAUCAACAAGGAGAUGUGCACACCGUUAUAGCCAGGGAAACACUUCCUGCUCAGCCAGUGGCACCUUCUGAUUCUGGAGCUUAUGUGGUGACCAUGCAGAGCGAUGGCCAGGCAUUGAUGGCUCCCUCUGGACAGUCUGAAGCUGAACACUCCAUCACCGUUAUCACAGGUGAAGACGGAACGGCCGAAUCCCUGGCCUUGCUGGCAGGAGCGACAGUGGAUGGGGAGACGAUGACUGUAGUCACGCACAAUGGCCAGGCUGGCUUGCCUGAAUCACUCUCUAUUGUAGCACAUAAUGGCCAAACAGAAGCAGGUGAAACCAUGACUGUGGUUACCCACUCUGGCCAAGCAGGCUCAAGUGAAUCCCUGGCUGUGGUUCAGGCGUGCUGGACAGUGGAUGAGCCUCAGGUCGUGGAAACACCAGUAGCAGGGAGCAUGGAGCCUGGUGCCUACAUUAUUACAGUGGAACCAGGCAAGAUGCCUCCUACCGAGAAGGUUCAUCUUACUGCGUCAGCACCAGCACUUCAGCAGGAACCACUUGUCCAAGCUUUAGAGCCUAAACCCCAAAGUGUGGUGACUGCACAACAACCGUCAGCCUCUGCACCUCAGAAAAGGAGACCAGGAAGGCCCCCCAAGGUAAAGCCGUCCCAAACAGAACAGGAACCAGUAGUGACUGAAAAUGCAGAGAGUGUCGCGACAGGAGGAGAGGAUGAGAAGGAAGACGAACAAGAGAGUGCUGACCCUAAUAAGAGGUUCCUGAGGAAGCGAUCGGUGAGAGAAGGAGGAUACGUUCGUCUACAUAUGGGACUUGAGACCGAGGAGGAGAUGUCAAACACUGUGAAGACACCCCAGAGACCAGUGAAGCGAGGACGUAUGUCCCAACCACUGAAGAGAUCGUCUGCUGACUCUUCAGAUUCCGAGCCUCAGUCUGCCUCUGAUGGUGUGAAGACGUUGCCUGAGGAAGCAGAGGCAGUUGAACCUGAGGUGAUGCCUGUAGAAGAAGGGGCAGCACGAGAACAAACUGAGGGAGCAGUGGAUGGAGAGCACACGUGCAGCGAGUGCGGCAUGGUGUUUCAGAGGCGCUACACCCUGAUCAUGCACAUGCUAAAACACGAAAAGUCACGCAGCUUCAAGUGCACUCUGUGUAAUAAAGAGUUCCAGUACGCCGUCUCCCUCCGUGCCCACUUGACCCGGCAUAAGCACCAAAAAACCCAGAAGGCCCGAGCAGCAACUGAUGAGGUCUCAGAUAGGCUAGAGAGUCAGGCUAAAAGUCGCACCAAACGUGAGUUUGUAUGUGACAUUUGUGGCAAGACGCUGCCUAAGCUGUACUCUUUGCGCAUCCACAUGCUGAACCAUACGGGAGUGCGGCCACACUCGUGCAGGGUCUGCGGGAAGAGCUUCGCGACCAAGCACAACCUGAAGAUGCACCGAGCUCUGCAUGACACUGCCAAGCGCUUCUACUGCACCAUGUGCGACAAGUCCUUCAUUACCAAGAGGAGUCUGACUGAGCACACCAGCGUUCAUACAGGUGAAUCAAAAUAUUUUUGCCAGCUAUGCGGCACAACAUUUCAUCGGGCGUCUGCACUGAGCAAACACAUGAAAAAACAUCAACCCAAACCAGAGACCCGGUCCUUUCAAUGUUCCCACUGUGAUAAAAGCUUCUUUGAGGCGAAGGACUUGCAGCAGCACAUGAAUAAGCACUUGGGUUUGAAACCCUUCCAGUGCCAGGUGUGUGGCAAAAGCUACAGUUGGAAGAAGGACUGGUAUUCCCAUGUUAAAUCGCAUACCAUUGCGGAACCUUACAGGUGUAAUGUGUGUGGGAAGGAGUUCUUUGAGAAGGCUCUGUUCAGGAGGCAUGUGAAGAAGGCCACUCAUGGAAAGAAGGGCAGAGUGAAGCAGAACCUGGAUAGGGAGUGCGAACACUGCGGUAGAAAAUUCACUCAGCUCCGAGAGUACCGCCGCCACAUGAACAACCAUCAAGGUGUAAAACCGUUCGAGUGUCUGACAUGUGGUGUGGCGUGGGCUGACGCCCGCUCACUGAAGCGACACGUGCGCACACACACAGGCGAGCGCCCCUACGUGUGUCCUCUGUGCCAGGAGGCGCACAUCGAUGCCCGCACAUUGAGAAAACACAUCUCGAAAUACCAUGGAGAUCAGUUGCCGGGUAAGAUCAUGUUAGAGAAGGACACGCUACAGUUUCAUAAUCAAGGCACCCAGGUGGAGCACGCCGUCAGCAUCCUGAGCCCCGAGCUGCCCCCUGAGCUGUGCCCAGCAGAGGCGUCCUCCAACACAGAGGAAAUUGAAACUGUGCUCAUAACAGAAGAGACGGUAGAAGCCAUGCAGGCCAUGAAUGAGGGCGCUGUCACAACGCUUUCUGACCAGAGCAUCAUGCAAGUGGUAAACUAUGUCCUGGCACAGCAGGCUGGCGUAAAGGCGGAGGAGGAGCAGGCGUCGGAGAUCAUCCAGACCAUGGAGGUGGAGGUGGCUCAUGUAGCAGAGGUGGAGUGACACAGAGGUUUAAAAGGAAAGAAAUUAAAGCUGUAUCUAAAUUGUGAGUCAAAUAUCAAGAGAAAAAAGUUUAUUAGAGUCUGUACAGUUACACAUUUAUUUUUGUUGUACAGUAUAAUAUAAUUGAGGCACUUUGAAGUUCUUCCUCAGUUGGCGUGCAUAUGUGUGAUGCAUUACUCAGCAGUUUGUGUGUUUGCCGCGCGCGAGCAUGUCUAAAUAAUUUGCAUAAUGUACAUACGACAAUGCAGAGGGAAAUGCUAAUAAUUUACAAUAAAGUGUGUAACCUAGUGUAUAUGAUUGUGAGCUCUUACCUACAAAAACAACCCUUUUUUUUUGGUUUUGGAACAGAUUAAAAACAUUUUUAUGCUUUA